CCUUAAACAAGAUCAUCCCAAUCUCCGAUCAAUCAAUUAAUCAAUUUCUUUUCCCGUCUACUUCGAGCUUCAUACAAAUGCCAGCCUGUCAAUAACGGAUACCAUCUUGUCAAUAAAGCCUUACAUUUAAUCUGUGACUGAUGCACGACUGGCAUGCGGAGGUUAUUACAACGCCGCACUUGAGCCUUACGAAGCUGUUCAAUGACAACCACCAUCCACAUGACCUCCAACGAAGCGUCGAGUAUAGAUCAUUUAGAUACUGUCGAUUAUGACCCCAUUACGCAUUUGAACACAAUAUUUUCUCAUCCUUCGACUCUUUCCUCAGUUUCACAGACUUCCGAAAUCCUUCGCAUUUACCAAAACGAACUAGACAAUGAUAUCGCACAACUGGUAGAAGAGCAGGUGACAUCCAAUGCGGAUAGCGUACAGCGCAUCCAGGCCGCGAAAGCGGACCUGGCUGAGCUAUUCAAGAAGAUCAACGAUGUGCGGGAGCGUGCGUCCAAGACCGAGCAAGCAAUCAUGGACAUGACGGCAGAUAUAAAGCAACUAGACAGUGCCAAGAAAAACCUAACUCUCUCCAUGACGGCGUUGAAGCGUUUGCAGAUGCUAACGACGGCAUACGAACAACUUCGGGCCCUGGCGAAGACGCGACAAUACCGCGAUUGUGCGCAGCUUCUUCAGGCAGUUAUUCAGUUGAUGGCGCAUUUCAAAUCUUACAGAUCAAUAGAUCAAAUCGCUACUUUGAGUAGAAAUGUGGCGGAUGUUCAGCGCGAACUUCUAGAACAAGUGUGUGAAGAUUUUGAGAUUACUUUUGCUAAAGGUGAGGUGAUGCAGAGGCGAGGUGUUCUCUCGGAGGCCUGUCUGGUGAUGGAUGCGCUGGGCGAUAAUGCGCGAUCGAGACUCACAGCCUGGUAUUGCAAUACACAACUUCGAGAAUACCGGCAGGUUUUUCGAGGCAAUGAAGAGGCUGGUUCUUUGGAUAAUAUUUCGCGUCGCUACUCGUGGUUUAGAAGGAUGAUGAAGACAUAUGAUGACGAACAUGGGGCUAUAUUUCCUUCAUCUUGGAGAGUCAAUGAGGCCCUUGCAAAUGCAUUCUGUGAAGGUACGCGAGAUGACUUCAAAGGAAUUUUAUCCAGGUCUGUUCGAAGUGGGCAGGCCCUGGAUGUGAAUCUCUUGCUUUCUUGCCUACAAGAAACCCUUGAUUUCGAGCAUUCUCUUGAUAAACGAUUUGCAAAUACGUCCCGGCCUUCUACCGAUACUAUCGCAUCUUCUUUGGAGUCCCCAGUGUUCACACAGGUCAUCUCCGAAGCCUUUGAGCCUUAUUUAGGUGUCUGGGUUGAAUCACAAGACAAGCAACUGGCCAGUCUGCUACCGAAAUACCGACUGCAGCCUCUCAAGCGGGAAGACGAAGAAUUUCAUUCUCAACUCGUCAUCCCUUCAUCUACAGAACUUUUCACUUUCUACAGGCAUUCGCUAGCCCAGUGUGCGAAACUUUCAACAAGUGGUAGCUUAGCCGAAUUAUCGAAGGUAUUCGCCAGAUAUCUAGAUCAAUAUGCGCAGCAGGUACUCCUGAACUAUAUCAGUGAAAGGCCAACAACACAAACUCCAUCAAAGGUCCCAUCCACUGAAGACCUUAUCUUAGUGCUGAACACCGCAGAUUACUGCUAUACCACCUGCAAUCAAUUGGAAGAAAAGAUUAAAGGGAGAAUAGACGAAAACUUGAAAUCCGCAGUUGACUUUGAGAGCCAAGCUGAUACUUUCAUGGGAAUCGCCAGCGCGGCAGUUCGCGGCCUUGUGCGCAAAGUUGAGGCUGAACUCGAACCAUGCUGGCGUGAAAUGCGAAAUUCUCCUUGGAGCAAACUUGAGACUGUUGGUGAUCAGAGCUCAUACGUUGGCGAGCUAUUGUCUAAAACCAAGGCUAAAGGGGAGGAUAUUCUUCAAUUACUCCACAAACAACAAUAUGCUCGCGCUUUUGCAGAUAACAUUGUGGAAUUCAUGUCGAAUACCUUCACAGGUACAAUUUACCAAUGCCGACCAGUUUCGGAAACUGGUGCUGAACAGAUGUUGCUCGAUCUGUAUACCUUAAGGGGUGGACUGGCGUCUUUGCUACCUUCCCCUGCACCUCCUGGCUUUGUGAAGAGGGUCAACAAUAGUUUCACAAAAGUCGAUAUUCUGCUCAAGACUAUACAAGUCAGACCAUCACCGCCUGAGGCCUUAGUACAGGCAUAUCUUAUUCAGAUUGCGGAUCGAAGCGAGGCAAAUUUCCGCCGAGUUCUAGAAAUUAAAGGCAUCCGAACAAAACAGGACCAGAGUCAUCUAGUAGAGCUCUUCAAUCUACAUAGAGUUUCUGAUAGACACGCUCAAAAUCUACAACAAAGCAACCCCUUAUUUGCACUUUUACACAGCUCACAAAGUGCCUCUGGACCGGUAAUUGGGUCUACAGUAUCUCAAGGGCUUAGUAACCUCGGUACAACUACCAGUACCUCAAUAAGCGGGCCAAGUCGGUUCGACCCAACCACACUAGGUUCUGCUAUUAUUUCAGCCGCAAGAGACGGAGUUGAUCGGCUGCCGCUCGGUUCUGGUACGGUUGGGAUGGGGGGCUCCCAUGCCGGUUCUGGAACGGCUUCUCCAGCUCCAGUAUUGUCAGGUCAACGUGUGGUAGGCGAUAACUUGGAUGGUAGUGCCACAUCCACUACUGCCGGUCUCAACGACAACCUGAGAAAUAUCGGGAAGUUUUUCCGCAGAGACCUGGGAGGAUUCGGUGGAAGAUUCGGACGCUCUACGGACGACUCUAACCGGUAGAUAGAUGUUUCUCUCAUCAGAUACUUAAGAAUAAUUGUAGAUUUACCAGGCACUGUCACACUCUCAAGCGUCAGAUAAUUCCCAUAAACUAUAUGU